AUACAUUAAACAUUAUUCGUGAUGUGUUAAUCAGGAAUAUUCAAAAUAAUAACAAAUUUAACAAAGUAUCUGCCAUGAGUUCGAGUUGCAAUGAAACAUCUCAACUUCCUGAUGGCUGGGUACUUUGCACUUCCAAAUCAAGUCCUGGAAGGAAGUACUAUUUCAAUAAAAGAACGGGAAAGUCUUCCUGGACGCAACCACAGUUGGACGAGAGUAAAGAUAAAAGUAAAAAAGAAAAAGAUAAUCAAAGGGAUAUGAAAAGUAAAGAAGAGGAAAAGAAGAGUUUAAAGCGUAAAAAUGAUGGCUCUGAACAAAACUCCCCAAUUCGAAAGCAGAAAGAAGCUAAAUCUUCUCCAGGGAAGUGUUGGCCCAGUCUUAAUGAAAUAUCUCUUAAAAAUGUAGAAACAAAGAGACAGAGCACAAGUCAAGAGCAAACUCAAAAAGAUAUCCCGGGGAGAGCACAAGAAUCAUACAGACACAGCAGCAGCCAAAGAGAGUCAGUCUCUAGAACAGACAGCCCUGACAGACGCACCCCAGCUAAGAAUUUAGCUAACACAAGACUCACACAAUUAAGGGCCCAACUUUCUUCAGAAGCACAAAAAGAGGAAAAUAAAGAUUCUACAGUAAAAAAACGCAAAAUGUCCACAGACACUGAAACUUCACGUAACAGUAGAACGGAGAAAAGUCCUAGUUCUAGUGAUGUAAAGAGUUCAACACAGUCUCCCAGCAGUGAGAGCCUACCAUCAAUACCAUCACCAUCACAGUUUUUUGCAGCAAAUAAGAUUAUUUCAUCCAUGAAAGCUCAGUUACCUGAAGAAUAUUGUGAUAAAGUGAAGCAAAAGGAUAUGUUUGCUGAUAUUGAACAAGGAAUAUAUAAUCAAGUUACAGAGUAUCCAUAUAUGAAACAUCCAGCUACUCCACCACAAUUUUCAGAAGCCAGCAAACUGGUUUCAGCUAUAAAAUCUAAGUUGACAUAUAAAAGUUCUGGUGUUGAUUGUGACUUGAUUACAUAUUCAUCGGCACAAGAUCGCUUAGAUGCUCUACGUACAAGGUUGAGCAAUGAUGCAACUAAUGCAGAAUAUAGCAUCAACAUUCCGGAAAGUAAGGAAGAUUUUGCCUGUAAUGAAGCUAUGGACGUUGAUUUGAAGAGUGAGAUAAAAGAGCCAAGAUCAAACACCAUUUCACCAGUAUCAAGUUUACAUGAGGAUACAAGUGAUCUGAAGGAGAAUUUAGUAUUAGUUGUCGAUACCAAUAUAUUCAUACAUGAGCUAGAUUUCAUUAAGGAUGUGUUGAAUUCACACGUAAAAGGUUACAGUGAGCAGCCAACUUUGUUAGUACCGUGGAGGGUGAUAAAUGAACUGGACAGGCUAAAGGACAAUAACAAUGGCAAUGGUGCGGUGUGUAAACGAGCCAAAUCAGCCAUGGAUUACUUAUACAAAUGUUUACCUGAAAAUAAUAGGAUAAAAGGUCAAUCAUUACGCGAUGCCAAUUCUCAUAUAUAUCCGUGCGAACUGCCAGAUGACGAGAUACUGAACUGCUGCCUCCAACAAGCUGAGCGGAGCAAGGAUGUGGCCCUCCUGUCGAACGACAAGAAUCUCUGCAACAAGGCGGUCAUAAACGGCGUGAAAUUCUACAGCCUGUCCGGGUUGAGGAAGCUGCUGGAGAACAAGCCGCCGGCCAGUCACGACCCGGACCUGAUCACCGGACUCAAGUACUACGAGAAUGCUGUGUACCAGCUACUGUCCAAUAUAUUGGAGAACGAGAUGCGCGCCAAGUACAACAACCUGUGGCAGCACGUGCUGCUGAAGGCGCCGCCCUGGACGCUGCGCGACGUGCUGCAGUGCCUGCUCAAGCACUGGGUGGCCGUCUUCAACGACGUCUUCCCCAGGAUACAGCACCUCAUCCUCGACCUCAAGAACGCACUCACCUCGGUGCAGAGCAAAGACCCGACCACGAUCUCGCAGUCGGAUGUGUCGAACUUCAAGGAGCUGUCCCUGGACCUCGCCAAGAAGUGUCAGAUAAUCCCGGAGUACAUGGAGCUGGCCAAGAUCACGGUGGAGCGGCUGUCGCGCGACGCCCGCGACUCCGACGAGGAGGUGCCCGUCAUCGAGGCCUUCGAGGGGCUCUGGACCGUGUUCUCCAGCUACUGUGCCAAGCUAUCCACCAACCUGGGCAUCGUGCACGGCCUGGAGGACAGUCUCCCGCACGACGGGCCCGACAACCUGUCCAGCAAGCUGCCCAUCAUCAGCUGCCACAUCAGCGGACUCACGAAUGCUAUCGAAGGCGCACUCAGCAUAGAAGCCCACGACCCGAGCCUGGACGAGCACAUGUACCGGCUCGAGACCACCUUCAAGGAGAGCCUCGCCUCGGCGGGGAUGGACCCGGCCGUCGUCAACCAGGGGAACCUCACCGUCUUCUGCAUCAAGUGCAGAAAUAUGCUCCAAGAGGCGUACACGAAGUUUGCUCAGCUCACCGAAUUGUUAGACAUAUGCAAUAAAAAUACAAUAUUUAAAUAACAAUUAUACAGUCGUGUGCAAAAGUGUUAAAUCAAACAUAAUAUUCGUUUUUUAACAGAAUUUUCAUCUCUGAAAACGUUUGUAGUGAAGUAAAUAGUUUCGAAUCGUUCCAUACGCGAUACGGGUACGCCUUCGAAUAAAACUUUUAACACUUUUGAGCACGACUGUAACUAUGUAUCUAGUCCGAUUUUUUGUACGCGAUUGUACAAUUCGUUUUUUAGUUGUUAAGUGUACGUGUCUAAGCUAAUAUUUUUGUUCUAAUGAAGUUCCUUUCGAUCCUUGUAAAUAUAGAUUGGUGUUAGGUACAUAUAGAGAAUCAAAGAUAAAAUAAAUGCGGGAGGUAAUUUCAUAAUCCUUUGUCAGAGAGACAAUUGAGAUUUCGACCUUAUGUCUAUAAGCGGAGAAUCAUAUUCAGUUUGGCCAAGGGACCGUUAGACGUUAGAUGGAUGGCAAACAAAAAAUUAAAAUGAAACCACCGUUUUUUAUUUAUUUAUUUAAACAUACUUAAAAAAAUAGCGUAAUGCACAGUAAUUGUAUUAUAGAAUAAUAUAUGUUGUAUUUUUUAAAUUCGUUAAAUUUAUCUAUAAACUUAAUAAUUAUCUCCUGACUUUAUUCUUUAAAACGUAAGGGUAAAAGUCUAUUUUUUUAAUACAAAAUACAUUUUUAUACAAAGAUGUAUGUAAAUGUUA